UGUUGACUAUGUUUAGAAGAUGUCAGACCCCUGGCAGGAUUGCAUGGAUUAUGCUGUGACCCUGGCAAGACGAGCCGGAGAGAUGAUUCGCGAAGCUCUGAAAAAUGAGGUGAAUGUCAUGAUUAAAAGUUCCCCAGUUGACUUGGUGACGGUUACCGACCAGAAAGUUGAAAAAAUGCUUCUCUCGUCUAUAAAGGAAAAGUACCCAUCUCACAGUUUCAUUGGGGAAGAGUCUGUGGCGGCUGGGGAAAAGACUGUCUUCACAGACAAGCCCACGUGGAUCAUUGACCCCAUCGAUGGGACGACGAACUUUGUACACAGGUUCCCUUUUGUAGCUGUUUCCAUUGGCUUCGUUGUAAAUAAACAGAUGGAGUUUGGAGUUGUGUAUAGCUGUGUGGAGGACAAGAUGUACACUGGCAGGAAAGGAAAAGGAGCCUUUUGUAACGGCCAGAGGCUUCAGGUCUCACAACAGGAAGACAUCUCCAAAUCCCUCUUGGUGACUGAGUUGGGCUCAUCCCGGAAGCCGGAAACUUUACGCAUCGUCCUCUCCAACAUGGAAAAGCUUUGCUCCAUCCCUAUCCAUGGAAUCCGGAGUGUCGGAACAGCUGCUGUCAAUAUGUGCCUUGUGGCAACUGGAGGAGCGGAUGCGUAUUAUGAGAUGGGGAUUCACUGCUGGGACAUGGCGGGAGCUGGCAUCAUUGUCACCGAAGCAGGGGGCGUGCUGAUGGAUGUGACAGGCGGACCAUUUGAUUUGAUGUCCCGGAGAAUAAUUGCUGCAAAUAACAAAGCAUUAGCCGAAAGGAUAGCCAAGGAAAUUGAGAUAAUACCUUUACAAAGAGACGACGAAAGUUAGUUGGCACAGGACAGUAUCCGCUCCAUCACGUUUUCUGACCCCGGGAUGUUUGCCAUGUAUGAUGUCACCAAUCUCAGUUUGUCUUUGAGGUCCUGAUUUGAAAAUGGGAACUUAUUUUGUUUGUUUGUUUUAAAGAUGACUUCUGCAAAACUAGAUGGAGUAUGUGAUUGUUGAAAGAAAAUUUGCAUGUAAGAGUAUCUCGUGGAAAACAUACAGGAAGUAUAAUUAAUGAGCUAGCCACCUGACCCCCUUAAAUUUCAGUGUGCUAUUUAUAUGCAGGACUCUCCAUUAGAAAGUUUUCUUUUCUCUUUGUUCCAAAAGCCAUCCUUAAGUUUGUGAGACUGUGACAAGGCAGGUUCUCUCCCGGCAGAGAGUCUUUUAGUUUUACUGAACCUGAAGAGCAGUAGGUGAGUCCCGGAAGCUGCAGUCCCUGGGUACAUAAAUGGGGUGGCCAUUCUGUGUCUUUGCUUCCCGUUUGGAAGUAAAGGAUGCCUCACUGUCCUGUUUAUGUUUCAUAUCGCCAUGCCGUUUCGUAGGACCAUCCUGCCGGAGAGGAUAGCUUAUUGUGGGCAUUUCUGCAGCUUGCUUAGUACUGUGUGUUGUAGGCUCUGUCUAAAGUCCCCGUGUGUCUGGUAUAGUUAGUUACAGUGUAACGUUUUACUAAGUGUCUUACUCACGUUCCUUACUUAAACUGGUUUUGACUGUGCCGAUAGAUGUAUUGUGGCACGUGUAUUAAUGGGGCACCUUUUUGAUUUCUUUCCAAACUCCUUGCUUAAUUUCAUCACUGCUGUCUAUACAUUCUAUAAGGAUCUUGGGCCUCUCAAACUCAAGGAGAAAAAUUAAUGGUUCCUAUUUGUUUUGAAAAGAUUAAUUUAUUGUCUAGCCUUGGUCCUUGAAUAUAUAUUUUGUUCUUGGUAUGUUUGAACCUUGCAUUUGAUAAAAUGGAGUGUUCUUGUAAGCUUCAAGGCAGAUAAGAUUUUAUUGUUGGGUGGUUUAAUAUAUUAAAUCUCUAUGAUAUUCUGAUUUGGGCACUGUAAUUAAUGUACUUCUGCUGUUAACUACAUGAUUUAAAACACAUAACAUGUAAAUUCUAUUAUAAGGUUGUUUUUACAAUUAAAUUUAUUUAAUUAA